CGGAUCCCGUGCGGACGCGGGCGGCGCGGCGGGGCGCCGGCUCGCGGGGUCGGGCGAAGUUUGCCGGAACAUGGCGGAGGAGCCCGGGGCGCGCAGGAGCGCGGCGCGGCGGCGGCCGGCGCCCCAGGAGCUGUAGCCGCUGCAGCCGCCGCCGCCGCGGGCUGAGGUGGCCGCCAUGGCCCGCUGGAUCCCGACCAAGAGGCAGAAGUACGGGGUUGCGAUCUAUAAUUACAAUGCCUCUCAAGAUGUGGAGCUCUCCUUGCAGAUUGGAGACACGGUUCACAUCCUGGAGAUGUAUGAGGGUUGGUACAGAGGAUAUACCCUCCGAAAUAAAUCUAAAAAGGGUAUUUUCCCUGAAACGUAUAUCCAUUUGAAAGAGGCAACCGUGGAAGACCGAGGGCAGCACGAAACUGUGAUUCCUGGUGAGCUCCCACUGGUGCAGGAGCUCACGUCGACCCUGCGAGAAUGGGUUGUCAUCUGGCACAAGCUCUAUGUGAACAGCAAGGUCACACUCUUCCGGCAGCUGCAGCAGAUGACCUACAGCCUGAUCGAGUGGCGGUCCCAGAUCCUGUCUGGAACACUCCCCAAGGACGAACUGGCAGAGCUCAAGAAGAAGGUCACAGCCAAAAUUGAUCACGGGAAUAGGAUGCUUGGGUUAGAUCUGGUAGUGCGAGAUGACAAUGGGAACAUCUUGGACCCGGACGAAACCAGCACCAUUGCCCUUUUCAAGGCCCAUGAAAUGGCCUCAAAAAGGAUUGAGGAAAAGAUCCAAGAGGAAAAGUCAUUUCUGCAGAACAUGGACUUGCGGGGCCAGUCCAUCUUCAGUGCAGUCCACACCUACGGGCUCUACGUGAACUUCAAGAACUUUGUCUGCAACAUUGGGGAGGACGCAGAGUUGUUCAUGGCCCUCUAUGACCCGGACCAGUCCACUUUCAUCAGUGAGAAUUACCUAAUUCGUUGGGGCAGUAAUGGGAUGCCCAAGGAAAUAGAGAAGCUUAAUAACCUUCAAGCGGUCUUUACUGACCUCAGCAGCACAGACCUUAUCCGGCGCCGCAUCAGCCUUGUGUGCCAGAUUGUCCGGGUGGGCCACAUGGAGCUGAAGGAGGGAAAAAAGCACACCUGUGGACUCCGAAGACCUUUUGGAGUAGCAGUGAUGGAUAUUACUGAUAUCGUACAUGGGAAGGUGGAUGAUGAAGAAAAGCAGCAUUUUAUUCCCUUUCAGCAGAUUGCAAUGGAAACCUAUAUCCGGCAGAGACAGCUAAUCAUGUCGCCCCUGAUAACGUCCCAUGUGAUUGGGGAGAAUGAGCCACUGACGUCAGUCUUGAAUAAAGUGAUAGCAGCGCGGGAAGUGAAUCACAAAGGACAAGGACUUUGGGUGUCCUUGAAGCUGUUGCCAGGUGACCUCACACAAGUUCAGAAGACUUUUUCACACUUGGUGGAUAGAUCAACAGCAAUCGCCCGAAAAAUGGGCUUUCCUGAAAUAAUACUUCCAGGAGAUGUUCGGAAUGAUAUUUAUGUCACCCUGAUCCAUGGGGAGUUUGACAAAGGGAAAAAGAAGACGCCAAAGAACGUGGAGGUGACCAUGUCUGUGUAUGACGAGGAGGGCAGGCUCUUGGAGAAAGCAAUUCAUCCUGGUGCUGGAUACGAAGGCAUUUCAGAGUACAAGUCAGUCGUCUAUUACCAAGUGAAGCAGCCCUGCUGGUAUGAGACCGUCAAGGUAUCCAUUGCUAUAGAAGAAGUUACUCGCUGCCACAUAAGAUUCACCUUCCGACACAGGUCAUCUCAGGAAUCCAGAGAUAAGUCGGAGCGAGCAUUUGGGGUGGCCUUCGUAAAACUGAUGAACCCGGAUGGCACCACUCUGCAGGAUGGGAGGCAUGAUCUGGUGAUUUAUAAGGGUGACAACAAGAAAAUGGAAGAUGCUAAAUUCUACCUGACCCUGCCUGGAACCAAGGUAGAGAUGGAAGAAAAAGAGCUCCAAGCAUCCAAAAACCUGGCCACCUUCACCCCAACCAAGGAGAGCACAAAAGAUAGCUUUCAGAUUGCCACCCUCAUUUGCUCCACAAAGCUCACCCAGAAUGUUGACCUGUUAGGCUUGUUAAAUUGGCGUUCGAACUCCCAGAACAUUACACACAACUUAAAGAAGUUGAUGGAGGUGGAUGGAGGAGAGAUUGUUAAGUUUUUGCAAGAUACACUAGAUGCACUUUUUAACAUAAUGAUGGAAAUGUCAGACAAUGAAACGUAUGACUUCCUUGUGUUUGAUGCACUGGUAUUUAUUAUCUCGCUGAUAGGAGACAUCAAGUUCCAGCAUUUUAAUCCUGUCCUUGAAACCUACAUUUACAAGCACUUCAGUGCCACUUUGGCAUAUGUGAAACUCUCCAAGGUACUGAACUUUUAUGUGGCUAAUGCAGAUGACUCAAGCAAGACAGAAUUGCUCUUUGCUGCUUUGAAAGCAUUAAAGUACUUGUUCAGAUUCAUCAUCCAAUCUAGAGUGCUCUACCUGAGAUUUUAUGGCCAAAGUGAAGAUGGAGAUGAAUUUAAUAAUUCAAUCCACCAGUUAUUUCUUGCUUUCAACACGCUCAUGGACAGGCCUCUGGAGGAAGCUGUCAAGAUCAAGGGGGCAGCUUUGAAGUACCUUCCUAGCGUAAUUAAUGACGUCAAACUUGUGUUUGAUCCUAUUGAGCUCAGUGUGCUCUUCUGCAAGUUCAUUCAAAGCAUUCCUGACAACCAGUUAGUUCGCCAGAAACUUAACUGCAUGACCAAGAUAGUGGAGAGUAAUCUGUUUCGGCAGUCAGAGUGCAGAGACGUGCUGCUGCCGCUGCUGACAGACCAGCUCAGCGGCCAGUUAGACGACAACUCCAGCAGGCCUGACCAUGAGGCAAGCUCGCAGCUUCUGAGCAACAUCCUGGAAGUGCUGGACAGGCAGGAUGUGAAAAGUGAAGCUGAGACAGAAGAUGGUGUCAGUGCCUGUGUCUCCCCCCAGGGCCCCACGGCGACGCACAGACAGCUGAUAGUGGAACGGCUGCUGAGGAGGAUCAACCGGACCGUGAUUGGGAUGAGCCGGCAGUCCCCCCACAUCGGGAGUUUUGUUGCUUGCAUGAUCGCCAUCCUGCGGCAAAUGGAUGACAGCCACUACACCCACUAUAUCAGCACGUUCAAAACCAGACAAGAUAUCAUCGACUUCCUCAUGGAAACUUUUAUCAUGUUUAAGGAUCUGAUUGGAAAGAAUGUCUACGCCAAAGACUGGAUGGUCAUGAAUAUGAUGCAGAGCAGGGUUUUCCUCCGGGCCAUAAAUCAGUUUGCUGAGGUUCUCACAAGGUUCUUCAUGGAUCAGGCAAGCUUUGAACUUCAGCUCUGGAACAAUUACUUCCAUUUGGCAGUAGCAUUUCUCACCCAUGAGUCCCUUCAGCUUGAAACCUUCUCACAAGCCAAGCGCAGCAAAAUUGUAAAAAAAUACGGGGACAUGAGAAAGGAAAUCGGCUUUAGAAUCCGGGACAUGUGGUAUAACCUGGGUCCCCACAAAAUCAAAUUUAUCCCAUCCAUGGUGGGUCCCAUUCUGGAAGUCACAUUGACCCCUGAAGUAGAGCUCCGGAAAGCCACCAUCCCCAUUUUCUUUGAUAUGAUGCAGUGUGAGUUCAAUUUCAGUGGAAAUGGCAAUUUCCAUAUGUUUGAGAAUGAGUUGAUCACAAAGCUGGACCAAGAAGUAGAAGGGGGCAGAGGAGAUGAACAAUACAAGGUCCUUCUGGAAAAACUGCUCCUAGAACAUUGCCGGAAACAUAAAUACCUCUCCAGCUCUGGAGAGGUAUUCGCACUCCUGGUCAGCAGCCUCUUAGAGAAUCUCUUGGACUACCGAACCAUCAUCAUGCAUGACGAGAGCAAGGAAAACCGCAUGAGCUGCACCGUUAAUGUGCUGAAUUUUUAUAAAGAAAAGAAGAGAGAGGACAUAUACAUAAGGUACCUGUACAAGCUGCGAGAUUUGCACCGAGACUGUGAGAACUACACAGAAGCUGCCUACACGCUUCUCUUACAUGCUGAGCUUCUGCAGUGGUCUGACAAGCCCUGUGUACCCCAUUUGCUUCAGAGGGACAGUUACUAUGUUUAUACCCAGCAAGAGCUCAAAGAGAAGCUGUAUCAAGAAAUCAUAUCAUAUUUUGACAAAGGCAAAAUGUGGGAGAAGGCAAUCAAACUGAGCAAAGAGUUGGCUGAGACGUAUGAGAGCAAAGUAUUUGACUACGAGGGCCUUGGCAAUCUCCUGAAAAAAAGAGCCUCGUUUUAUGAGAACAUCAUUAAGGCAAUGAGGCCUCAGCCAGAAUACUUUGCUGUUGGAUACUAUGGACAGGGCUUUCCUUCUUUCCUACGGAACAAAAUCUUCAUCUACCGGGGGAAGGAGUAUGAGAGGCGAGAAGACUUCAGCCUGAGGUUGCUGACCCAGUUCCCCAAUGCUGAGAAGAUGACCAGCACCACGCCCCCGGGAGAGGACAUCAAGUCCUCCCCUAAGCAGUACAUGCAGUGUUUCACCGUAAAGCCGGUGAUGAGCCUGCCGCCCAGCUACAAGGAUAAACCAGUUCCAGAGCAGGUCUUAAACUACUACAGAGCCAAUGAAGUGCAGCAGUUCAGAUAUUCCCGGCCGUUCCGGAAAGGAGAAAAGGAUCCAGACAAUGAAUUUGCUACCAUGUGGAUUGAAAGGACCACAUAUACGACUGCAUAUACCUUUCCUGGGAUUCUCAAGUGGUUUGAAGUCAAACACAUUUCAACAGAGGAAAUCAGCCCUCUGGAGAAUGCCAUAGAAACCAUGGAACUCACCAAUGAGAGGAUCAGCAACUGUGUUCAGCAGCAUGCCUGGGACCGGUCCCUCUCUGUGCAUCCUCUCUCCAUGCUGCUCAGUGGCAUCGUAGACCCAGCUGUCAUGGGGGGAUACUCCAACUAUGAAAAGGCCUUUUUUACAGAAAAGUACUUGCAGGAGCAUCCUGAAGACCAGGAGAAGAUUGAGCUGCUAAAGCAACUCAUAGCGUUACAGAUGCCUCUGCUGACAGAGGGGAUCCGCAUCCAUGGGGAGAAGCUCACGGAGCAGCUAAAGCCGCUGCACGACCGCUUGUCUUCUUGCUUCCGGGAACUCAAGGAGAAAGUGGAAAAGCUCUAUGGGGUUAUAACACUGCCACCCAACUUGACUGAGAGGAAGCAAAGCCGCACAGGGUCUGUCGUACUACCCUACAUCAUGUCGUCUACGCUGCGGAGAUUGUCCGUCACCUCGGUGACUUCCUCUGUGAUUUCCACCUCUUCUAACUCGUCGGAUAAUGCUCCUUCCAGACCCGGAUCUGAUGGGUCAAUCCUGGAGCCACUUUUGGAGCGCAGGGCCUCGUCAGGCGCCAGAGUUGAAGAUCUGCCCCUCAAAGAGGACAGUGAGAACCGGAUCAGCAAGUUCAAGAGAAAAGACUGGAACCUGAGCAAGUCCCAGGUCAUUGCAGAGAAAGCGCCGGAACCUGAUCUAAUGAGCCCAACCAGGAAAGCACAGAGGCCAAAGAGUCUGCAGCUGUCGGAUAAUCGGCUGACGCCGUUCCAUGGUUCUUCACCUCCUCAGUCCGCACUCUUGAGCCCCCCUCCACUCACUCCUAAAGCUACCAGGACCCUGAGCUCCCCGUCUUUGCAGACAGAUGGGCUGAUGACUGCUGCUGUCCCACCUCCGCCUCCCCCCAAAAGCAAGCCCUACGAGAGCAGCCAGAGGAACUCCACGGAGAUUGCCCCGCCACUGCCUGUCCGAAGAGAAGCCAAAGCCCCACCCCCACCACCUCCAAAAGCUCGGAAAUCUGGCAUCCUUUCCUCUGAGACGGGAUCCCAGUGAGGAUCUCGUCCUCUCUCUGGAUCUCUGAGCGCCUCGGACAGCUGAUGCCUGGGAGCUGGCCUCCAGGGGCCAGUGCCCUCAUUGCAUGGGGCCCCCUGCUGACUGCUGUUGCUCAUCUGGGAUGAGGUUCACCAGCUCAAAACCAGUUUCGUUCGUUCGAAAGCUUCUCUUUGAUUGAUGUCUGAGGCCAUGCCACGUCUCCUCCAGUCCACGAGGAAUUCCAGAAUUGGCCAUAUCCUGUGCGUUUCUCAAAGGAGAGAUCUCCCUCACCGUUAUUAAAUUUCAGCCUCCAGCACAGAACCACUGGGGCCUACAAAAGCCUGAAUAAGUUCUUCUGUGGUGAUAGAACAACCCCAGUGGGGUUUCUUGCUUGGCUUCUGGAAAGCUAUGCUUGAGACUUAGUUUUCUCACGUGGACAUACCUUAUCCCAUAUAACAUUGGAAAAGACUGAUAUGAGGUACUUUGGUAGCCAAAAUAAUCUUACCUUCCUAAUGUCUACUGUGUCUCCUUUGAGGAAAGAAUAUCUUUUUAAUGGAGAUUGGCCACUUUCAAGUAUGAAUGGCUAUCAUUAUUGAAAAAACAUGGACUCAAUCAUGAGCCCUGAGCACCUGUGUCCCCCCACCCCCACCCACUUGUGACACAGGAAAGCUGCCCCCAACCUGCCCCGGGAGUCCCUCACACUCCUGACUAAUGGACUAAUGGCCCUCACUGCAUGAAAGUGCCACCUGCCUGCUACGGACUCUUCUGACGCUUUCUUUUGCACACACAUUUUCUUGUCCUGUUACCUCCUCUGAGCUCAGAUCACUGGAAACAAGGGAGUUUGAAGCCUGGGUUCAAUAGCUUCUCUUCCAGAUCCCAUUUGGAUGGCUCAGCGGCCCCUAUCUGCACCCUGAUUUUACCCUGAAGAAUACAGUGCAAUAGCUCCCUUUGAUUAUUUAUUCCUCUUGAUUGUGGAAUUAAUUUGAUUACGUGUUUAUGGUACUAAUGUCAGUACUCCUUUCGGAAGAAAAACUGGGGUGAUUUAGAUGAUCAGGUAUUUCCUACACCUGCAUAAACAACCACACAAAGUUAAAGACAUUUUGAGCUGGAAGGGCCUUAAAGGCCAUACAAACAACCCCCUCAUUUUGUAGAUGAGGAAAUUGAGGCUAAACACAGAAAAUCCUAUGAGAGAUUCUUACUAACCCAGCUUGCAGUUGAGGCUGUCCCCAAUAACCCUUAGAUCUAGGGGACAACCCUGACCACUCUUGAAUCCCUACCCCUAGUUGGAGCAACAGGGGAGAUGUCCCAGGUGUCUCUAUACUACUUAAUUGUUUAUGGCAAAGUAGAAGACUCUGGUUGUGGAUCCCCAGGUCAACAUGUGGGGAAGCUCACCCGGGCUCUCUUCCCCCACCUGGCCGGGUCCCCUCUCCUCCGAGGUCGAGGGAGGAGAGAGAGAUUUCAGUUCCGAGAAUUUGGAUUUGCUUUCCUGCCUCUUUGUUUGUGUGCCUCUUUCACCAGGACCUCUCUUAGGAGAGACAUAUUAAUUCAUCACAGGGUCAAGGAAGUAAAACCCUCUGAGACGUGUCCAGCAUUACUCAAGAAAUUAGCAUGCAUACUUAAAAGGGGUGAGGAAAAGUUUAUUCUUCACUCCCACUCUGAAGAACCUACAGUGUGGUAUAAUGGGAAGAAGCUGGGCUUUAGAAGAAAGCCCAUUUGGUGUCAGAUCGUCCCAGCUACAUCCUCUGUUAACUUUGCAAACUCCCUCAAAUUAUUUGAAAUUCUCUGAGCUUUCAUUUCUUCACGUUUCAAAAUGGGGAUAAUGCCUGCCACACAGGAUGUUGUGAGGUUCAAAUGGGAUCGAAUAUAUGAAGUAGCAGGUGCUCACGAAAUGGUCCUUUCUUUUCUCUGCUAGGCCUGAGUAAGAUCUGGAACUCUCUAAGAGCAUUAUUGAUCCUCCUGUUUUUCCAAGGUAGUUUGGAAUGUGAUUGCAAGUUAGUUAUGCACAUACCAUCCCUCUCUCAAAGAUGGCUUCUUUUGGAGUCUCUUACAUAAUCACUUAGCACUAGAGACACAGUGUUAAUAAGAAGUGAAGAGGAUUUUAAGUGGAAAGAGCUGAUGAGAAUGGAGGAAGAGAAUGAAGAGAAGGAAUGGAAAGUUUGUGCAGGGCUGACAAGGAGCCUGGAGCAGCUUCUGAGACUUAGCAGCCUGGCAGACUGGCGAGAGGGGAUGAGUAUGCCUCACCCUGCUUUUCAGGCUGCCGUUAAAAUAGAAAGAUGUAAACUAGGUCACGAGAAACCAAACCUAGAGCAUGUCCCUUCAGAGCAGUGGAAGUGAGACCUGCAGUCUGGUGUUUGAUCAGAGGCUGGGGAAAUCUGAUCCAUCAGUGCCCAAAUACCUUCCAUUUUUUAAUAUAACACAUUUUUCCAUAUGAUUCCCUUUGCACAUUAAUGGGCAUACUAGGUCUCUGCUGCCUGAAUUCAAAGGAUUCCAGGUAACGUUGUGAAUAAUAAAUUAUAGGGGACAUUGGAAGGUUCAUCUCCUUGGAAAGGCACUGGGUCAGGAAGAGUCAUAUUUGACAAAAGAUCAUAAAUACUGUCUGUCCUGAAGUCAAAGAGGAAGACUACAAAGAAAUGCCUUAUGAUCACCUUAAAUAUAUGAGAGAUGAGGGGCAGGGAAUACAAUGAGAAGAACUGGUUUUUAUUUUCUUUGAUAAAAAUUCUGGAAUAUUGCAAGACAUUGAAAGUAGCCCCCAAAUUGUCACAACCUUUGUGGAUAUUGGUUUAUGGAAUUUUUCUUUUAGUCUCUUUUUUUCUCUCUCUCUGUCCUUGUGACUUGUCUUACUUUGCGAUUUUUUUCAAGAAUUGUUUCAUUCAACGUAUAUUAAGCUCUUACUGAAUGCCAGACACUGUACUAGACCCAGGAUGUGACAGUUCAGUGUGUUCAAUGGAAAGAGCCCUGGUGUACAAAGACUGUGGUGUGCUGUGGGAUUGACAAGAGAGUGGUAUUAGAGGAAAAGGGAACCCUAAAUAACCCUAAGCAACCAGGGCUGCUGGGCCCUGGGUUGCCUCCUCCUCCACCUUCCCACCUUGAUUCCAGAAUUGUGGUCAUUUUCUCCUGCUGGGGAGACCCACUGAAAACUGCUGCCACACUGCAGACUCCUAAGAAGAAACCAGGGAUAAACCAGGAUUUCAGAUAACAAUCUACCUUUGUUCACUCUCCCCUCUGCUUGCCCCCAGAUCAUGGGAUGAUUUCUUGUUUUAAAUUGAGACGUAACUUACAUACAGUUAAAGGCACAAAUCUUAGGUGCACAGAUGGAUGAAAUUUACAUACGUACGCACUCCUGUCACCACUUCUCAGAUCCAGACGAACACUACUUCCAGCACCUCUCAUGUCCAUGUGGCAUUUUGUAAAAGGUAUUUAGAACCAGGCCCUGCACAUUUGUGCCUUCCUUCCCUCACUUCUCGGGUAUAAUGAAAAGGGGAGAAAAACCCCACCGUCAACACAAAACAAGACCAUAAAGACUGUGUACCUUUUGGCAAGUCAAUCUGUAGUCAGUCCCUGGGCCUCAGUUUCCUCAUGUGAAUAUAUAUACAUAAUAUUUGAGGCUUCGUGAUUUGCAGAAUCCUUUCAGCCCUAGCUUUCUUUUGUUCUAAGUGAAUGAAAAAGAGUCAGAAGGAAACUAAGUUCCGGAACAAAGCCUUCUAGGUCUGUGCACCAUGACCAAGUGGAGUUUUAAAAUUAAGUCAGAAAAGUUAAGUUCCUCUUCUGGUAGCUUGAGAGUGGAACCUUCAGUUCUAAUCUAUAGAAGAAAAAAGUUUUCCUUCCAAGUUGAUGAUUUUAGGCUGAUUCUUAUGAUCUAGUCAAAACUGAGCUGCAAUAUACGCUGCCCAAACUCAUCUAUUAGUCAAAUUUUGUGAGUUGUUCAUCCAAACUUUGUCAAAAACUCUGUUGCCAUGAUUUUGUAAACUAGUUGGGUUUCAAACAUGGACAGUUAGGAAGAUGUGCAUUGAAGCAGAAAAAUUUUGUUCAGAUUUGCUGUUAUUUAUUUUUUAAAUUAAAAAUGGAAAUGUAUUUUAAAGUUUA